AUCAGUGGAAAGAGCCGAAGACUUCACCUCUGUCAUGUGAUCAGCUGUGUCCAAUCACAGCUGAUCACAUGGGGCAUCUACACUGAUCAUCAGGGCACGGUCAGUGCCGCCUAUCAGUGCUCCUCAGUGCUGCCUGUCAGUGCCCAUCAGUGCCACCUAACAGUGCCAGUCACUGCUGCCUAUGAGUGCCAUAUAUGAGUACUGCCUUUCAGUGCCCAUCAGUAAUGCUUGUCAAUGCCCAUCAGUGCCACCUACCUGUGCCUCCUCAUCAGUGUCCAUCAAUGCUGCCUAUUAGUGCCCAUCAGUGCAGCCUAUCACUGCCCAUCACUGCAGCCUCAUUAGCGCACAUCAGUGA